AUGGACUUUAAUGAAUUUCGAAAUUUUGGAAAAGGCGCCAUAGAACUAUUAAUACGUUAUUUACAGAACAUUCGAGAGCGAGAUGUACUCUCAUCAGCAGCACCAUUUUCCCUAAUCCACACAUUACCAAAUGAAAUGCCAGAGCGAGCUGAGAACUGGCAGGAUAUAUUGAAUGACAUCGAAACAUUUUUACUGCCGGCUUUAACACAUUGGCAAUCACCGAAUUUUCAUGGUUUCUAUCCAUCUAGUUCGUCUAUGGGAUCUAUUGUGGGCGAGUUACUCAUAGCUGGUAUUGGCGUAUUGGGUUUUAAUUGGGGUUGUAGUCCAGCUUGCACUGAACUCGAAAUGAUAGUGUUGGAUUGGCUCGUUAAAUUCCUUAAAUUACCACAACACUUCCAGCAUUCCGUUGAAGGUCCUGGUGGUGGUGUUAUUCUGGGCUCUGCUAGCGAAGCUGUUUUAAUUGCCGUAAUAUCGGCGCGAGAGCAUAUGGUGCGUUGUACAAAAACGAAGCAUCCCGAACGAAACGAGAGGGAUAUAAGAGCCAAGUUGAUUGCAUAUGCAAGUGAUCAGAGCAAUAGCUGCAUAGAAAAGGCGGGUAAAUUGGCCGCUUUACCAUUCAAUUUGCUACCAACCAAAAACGAUUUUCGGCUGCAUGCAGAGCAGUUGGAAGCUGCCAUUAAAAAUGAUUUAUCCAAAGGCCUGAUACCAGCGAUGUGUGUAGCAACAUUGGGCACUACAAGUACCUGUGCUUAUGAUGAUAUACAAACGUUAUCCUUAAUCUGUCAACGUUAUAAAAUUUGGAUGCACGUGGAUGCGGCGUAUGCAGGUGCCGCUUUGGCGCUGGAUGAAUAUCAUCAUUUGCACUCAGGCUUGAAUAUCAUUGAUUCUCUGAAUAUAAAUUUACACAAACUGCUUAUGGUUAAUUAUGGUUGUGCCGUUAUGUGGGUAAAAGAAUCACAGAAACUCGUAGAAACUUUUUUAGUGCAACGUCUCUACCUGCAGAAUAACAAUAAUAUGAAUAAUAAUGAAUUACCCGACUUUCGAAAUUGGCAAAUUUCUUUGGGAAGACGUUUCAGUGCACUUAAAGUUUGGAUAACUUUUCGUUCUGUAGGUGCGGAAGGUCUACGCAGACACCUACGACAACACAUUAAACUAUCGAAACAAUUCGAAAGACAUGUCUUAGCUGACAAGCGUUUUGAAUUGGUGACCAAACGCACACUCGGUAUUGUGUGUUUUAGAGUUAGAGGUGAUAACGAAUUGACAACUCAAUUACUGCAACGUAUACAUGAUAAGAAACAAAUAUAUUUAACACUAUCCAUGCAUGGAGAAAUGAUGCUUUUACGAUUCGUUAUAUGUGGAAUGGAUACAAAAGAGGAAGAUGUAGAUUUCGCUUGGGCUGUAAUUCAAACUGAACUAAUGGAAAUGCUAAAGCCUCAAAGAGAAUGGAGAGCUAUAAAGUUUCAUUGUCAAAACCGAAAACGAAAUAAAUGAUA